UCAUUCACACAAACCAACAAAAAAAACAAAUAUAAAAACACAUACGCACGACGCGUUCAGAUCAGAAAUUCAGAAUUUGUAUGUAUAUAUAUAGAUAUACUGAACAAAGCAAAGCAAAGCAUCCGAGCAAGAACGCGUUGCAAUUCUCUCUCUCUCUUCUGACUCAUCUUGUUCACUCCACGCACAGUCCUCGUAUUCAUCGAUCUACACCUAUCUGAUCCUUUGAUUUCUUCUUCAUAUAUUUUAUAUAUAUAGAGAGAGAGAGAUAGAGAGAGAGAGAGAGAGACUGUGAGUUUUGUACUUGGGUUUUAGAAAGAGAGAGAGACUCAUGGGUAGUACUUACAGGAUAUGUGUGUGCUUCACGAGGAGAUUCAAGGUCACGGAGGCGGAUCCGCCGCCGGACGUCAAGGCAGCGUUCAACAAGUACUCGGAAGGUGGAGUCAACAUGACGGCGGAGCAGUUCCGGCGGUUCCUGGCGGAGGUUCAGGGUGAAGCGGGUGCCACGAUCGCCGACGCCGAGCGCAUAGUGGAACAGAUCCUCCAUAAACGACACCAUAUUGCCAAAUUCACAAGGCACACUCUCACUCUCGAAGAUUUCCACCACUUCCUCUUUUCCGUCGAUUUCAACCCCCCAAUCGGAUCUGAGGUUCAACAUGACAUGAGUGCUCCAUUGUCUCAUUACUUCAUCUACACAGGGCACAAUUCUUACUUGACUGGAAACCAGCUCAGCAGUGAUUGCAGUGAUGUCCCAAUCAUUAAGGCAUUGAAAAGAGGUGUGAGGGUGAUAGAGCUUGAUGUAUGGCCCAAUUCGUCGAGAGAUAAUGUGAACGUUCUUCAUGGAAGGACCCUGACAACUCCAGUGGAACUCAUAAAAUGUUUGAAGUCCAUCAAAGAACAUGCUUUUUCUGCUUCCCCAUACCCUGUCAUAAUAACCCUGGAAGACCAUCUCACGCCAGAUCUUCAGGCUAAAGUUGCUCAGAUGAUCACUCAAACAUUUGGAAAGAUGUUGUUUUACCCUGAAUCAGAUCUAAAAGAAUUCCCCUCACCAGAGGAAUUGAAGUAUCGCAUUAUCAUUUCAACCAAACCUCCAAAAGAGUACCUUGAAGCUGAAAGUUUCAAGGGAAAUAGCUCACAGAAAGUGAAGGAUUCUGAUGAAGAUGUAUGGGGCAAGGAACCAUCAAAUCUGACAACGGAUCAGGAAAAUGAGGAUAAGGUUGAUAAUGAUCAGAGCAAUCACAAUUUUGAUGAUCAUGAUACUGAUGACUUCGAUAAAAAUUCAUGUCCAUCUGAACCACCUGCAUACAAGUGUCUAAUUGCUAUUCAUGCUGGAAAACCCAAAGGUGGCUUGAAGGAGGCGCUGAAAAUUGAAAGUGGUAAAGUUAGACGCCUUAGUUUGAGCGAACAAGCGCUUGAAAAGGCUGCUGAAGCAUAUGGAAUGGAUGUUGUAAGGUUCACUCAGAAGAAUAUUCUGAGAGUGUACCCUAAAGGUACUCGGUUUAACUCCUCCAAUUACAAGCCUCAAAUCGGUUGGAUGCAUGGAGCUCAAAUGGUUGCAUUUAAUAUGCAGGGGUAUGGUAGAGCACUAUGGUUGAUGCACGGGAUGUUUAGAUCAAAUGGAGGGUGUGGUUAUGUGAAGAAGCCUGAUCUUUUAAUGAGCAGCAGACCACAUAAUGAGGUGUUUAAUCCUAAAGCAAAGUUGCCAGCGAAGAAAACUUUAAAGGUGAAAGUAUAUAUGGGUGAUGGAUGGCACUUGGAUUUUAAACAAACUCAUUUUGAUUUGUAUUCACCACCUGACUUCUACGCAAGAGUUGGGAUUGCUGGAGUGCCUGCCGAUGAGACAAUGAAGAAAACAAAGACAAAGGAGGACAGUUGGACGCCUGUUUGGGAUGAAGAGUUCACUUUUCCAUUGACUGUUCCUGAAUUUGCUGUACUUCGAAUUGAAGUGCAUGAGUACGACAUGUCUGAGAAGGAUGAUUUUGGCGGCCAGAUUUGUUUACCUAUUUCUGAAUUGAGGGAAGGGAUCCGUGCAGUUCCUCUCUGUGAUCAAAAGGGUGAGAAGUACAACUCAGUGAGGCUUCUCAUGCGCUUUGAGUUUGUUUGAAAUUUUCAUUUUUGCCAACUUUCUUGUCUCUCUUGGUUGCAAUUCCACAUAGAUAGUGUUUUUAAUUUAUUUUUCUUUUUCUUUCGGAUCUCUGCUAUUAUUAUUUGUUAUUUGUUGCCUAUUUGUGUUUAUACCUUCUACUUGAAUUUUUUGUAUAUACUCUUUUUUUGAAAAAAAAUAAGUGAAGCUGUGCUCUUUAUCUGAUCGUA